GGUCGUGCCAUCCGAACGACACACACAUGCGCUCGUCAGUCAACAACAGUUUGCGCGCGCACGCGUAACGUAUCGCUAUAAUUUUUACCUUAUUCGCCGGCAACGACAAACCCAGUAUUGAUCGGGCCUCUGCCGCGAAACGGCGUCUCGAAAAUGCGAAACGAAUUUUCCGCCGCCUACCAUUGUUAGACAUCAAGUAUCUCAUCGCAAUAAUAAUUUAUAAACAAUGUUACAAGUUAGGAAGUGAAAUGAUGGCUAUUUUGUGGUGUUUCCGUUAAACUUAUCGAUAUGUCGAAGAUACCUAUCGAUAGACAUGGAAAAUCAAGAUCGUUAAGUCUUCGCAGUAUUUAUUCAAAUGAGCCUCCUAAAAUCAGAACCUUACAGUACAGUGAUCUUAAAAAUAGAGAAAAUCCUGAAAAAAUCUUAACUUCAGAAUCAAAAGGAAAUAAUGAAGUAAAAGAAAAGUUAUACUUUAAACCGUAUACUUCAUUAAUACCAAAAAUGAGUUUUAGCACGGAAAAGGUGGUUGAAAAAAAUCCUCGUAUUUUAGAUUUACGAGAAAAAUUAAAUGAAAUAUCCAGAAAGCAAGAGCGUAACGUUGACAAAAUGACUAAAGGGCUUAUUAACGAUAUAACUCAACAUUUGGUUGAUGAUAAAGACGGAGAUGAAUCUGGACCGUAUAGUUUGUUAUUUGAUCUACAAACAAAUCCCUCAACAUCUUCGAAGCAAAUGAGGCCAGAUUCGUGGAGCUCAAAAGGAUUAGAUGAAGGCUUUGAAUCCAAUUCUCAAAACUCAAGCAGAAUCACCAAUUUGGCUAAUAAAAGCUUGGAAAGAUUACCAAAUGUUCUAAAUUUUGAUGAUAAGCCAAUGAAGGAAUUUGAAUACUCAUGUGAAAAAGAAUUUAAUUUUAUUCCUAAAAAACCGUUUUGCACUCAAUCCAGGUCAGAUCUUUGUUUACAACUUAAAUCUCAUAUACAUUCUCGAACCUACGAAACGAACUUAAGCCCGAACGAUAACUCACUAAGCAGAAAUAACGAAGAGAAUUCAUUGGACGAUAGUUUAGGUAUUCUUACACCAGAUCAAAUGGACGAUAUAUGUUAUUUAGAAAACGCAUUUUCUCCAACAGUUGAAGGUUUACCGAUAUUUUGUGAUAAUAAUGAGUACAAGGCAUCUCCAGACAAUGGAGAUACUCCUUCCACUGAUCGAACCGACAGUAACUCGGCAGCAUCUACCAUACAAAAUGAUGGUUUUGAAAAUAUAAGUAACAAAUGCAACAAAUUAAGAGAAUCUUUUGCGCCGCUAGCAACUUUGGAUGCUAUGGACCCCAUUAUGAGUGAAGACGGUAAUUUCAAAGCAUUUUGUUAUUCCGUUGAAGAAUCAUCCGAGCAAGAUAAUAAUUCUGUUAAAGAUGACAUUAAUGUAUGUAAAGAAGAUUGUGUAUCUAAUCUAGUUGAAGAAGAAUUUUUACCAUCCAUUCACGGAAGCAUUUUGGAGCCAGCUAGUUCCAUUGCUGAUACAACUGUUAACUUAGAUAUUCCUUUGGAUUGUAAACACGGGAAUAUUUUGGCAUCGAAUCGAAUAGAUCAAACUCCUUCGCCCGAAGAUUUACCACUCGAUAGUUCUGACUUGAAUGGCGAAAUCAGCACGUAUUCACAGUUUUCUGCUUCAACUCUACACGAUUCACAAACCUAUUCAGACAGUAAAAACGAUAAAUCUAUGGAAACUUCGAAAGUGUCUAAUAGUUUUAUAACAAGCAUAACUAGUAUUACUAGUUUGGAUGGUUAUCAAGGAGAUGGGGAAAUGUCACGACCAGUAAGUAGAAGUGCUGAACAUAAUAUUGGACCAAGGGAAGACGCUAUUGAAAUGGACUGGCAAAAUGUGCCUGUACCGAGAAGAGUCGAUCCAAUGACAGAUUCCGAUUUCUUUACGGAAAGCGACGCGGAUGGUUUAGAUGAACAUAUGCAACGUGGCGAUCGGAGAGCACAAGUUAUUGAUGGAGCUCUUUACGGUGGAAAAAAUAAGAAUGGAAAUGCUCCUUUAAUAGUAAAUAGAAGUGAAGAUUCUUGUAUGGAAUCAAGUGGAGUUUACACAGACUUUGAGAAUCAGCGUGCCUCACCUGUUUUCUUAAAUGUUAUAAACGACAUGUCACCUGAUUCAACGACAUCUACACAUUCAGAAUGCAGCCAAAAAAGUUCUGGAUGUGGCAAGAUUAAGACAUGCUUCACGCCUGUAGAGGACGUAUUAGAAAAACAAAACUCUGUUAUAUCUCAUGUUGUUGAUGACGAUGAAACUCCAAAAAAUACAAGCAAAAGAAAUUCUCUUAAUAGCGUUAAAGAUGUUAGAUGUAUUGAAAAAGGCAAAGAAGAGAAAAGAAGUUUCACAUUAAAGAAGUAUAAAAUGCCUAAGCGGGACGUACCCAGUAAAUUAAAAACUAUGUUGGCCAGUCGAAAGACUGAGGUAACUAAUAGUGUACAGAAUAGUCCAAAAUCCGUGAAAAAGCCAGAGAGACGCGACAAUUUCUCGAAGAAAAAUUCUAUUGAUACUAAAAUUGAUUACAAGACGAAAUCGUUUAAAGAUAUUAAAUCAAAGGUAGAUUGUUCGUUUACAUUACAACGGUCGCAAACUUCAUGUAGUGUAACCAGAAUGCUAAGCUCAAAAUCAUCAAAUAACAAUACGAAGCCUAAAAGUCGCCAUAUACGAAUGCGAAUGGAACUAGGAUCAGCCAAUGGCAGCGGAAAAAGCAGCUUGCACAGUUCUCAAAGUGACAUCAGCGCGACCAGCACUCCUUUAGGAAAACACUCCAACAGCCGCUUCCCUUUGCUACGAAAUGGGAAAAAGAGGGAAAGCGCACCGACGCCGUCGACGCCUAGCCGUCCCCCGCCUGUCCCCCAACCACCAGCUGCGACGGCGAAGAAAAAUGGAGUGGUUCAAAAGUUGUCGUCGUCGCCCGUGGCGAUGCGCGCGCGCACCUCCCUCGCUCCACCCCCCUCGCCGCGGAAACCCGUUCCACACAGAGCACCUGCGCAAAGACCUAAUACACUCUCGACUAGCAAAGAGCCUCCGCGCGUGUCGGCUGCUGUGGGGCCGCGAAGCAAACGAGUGCAGACGCCGCAGCCCGUGCGGUCACCGCCUGCAACGCUCACCGCCCCGCCGCCCGCUCAGCCGCGCGAACAUUCAGUUGCUCUCGCACAUGCUACUAAAGGCGUUGAAGCAUUAGGGGUUCUCGUGCAGUACCUAGUGUUUCGAUUGGACGCUCUGAACAGCGGGUCAUGGCGGCAAGAAGCGGAGAGGUGGCGGGGCGUGGCGGCGACGGAGCGCAACAGCGCUGCGCGCGCCGACCGCGAUCGGCAGCAGCGCGCGCAAAAGGAUCUCGAUACCAUCGCAGAAUGCCUGAGCAAGAUCUCAGAGCUAGAGAUGGAGGUAUCGUCCAAGGAGGAAGCCAAUGCGCGCUUACAAGCCGCACACAUUGAAGAGGUAUCAGCCUUGGCGAGUGAAGUGAAGGGGUUGAAGGGUACAAUAGAGACCCUGAAACAGGAGGUUGCCGAAAGCAGAGCACGCUUGCACGCACACAGUGAAAUCGAACGGACCCUGCGCGCGCAGCUCGAAGCUGCACGGGCUGAAAUCGAGCGAAGCGCUAAGUUGCGCAACUCGUCGACCGAGCCGUCGCGCGACGCGUUGUGCAACAUGUGUGACGCAGCUUGUGAUCCCGUUUAUUGUGAAGUGGAAGCGUACGAAUUGCAAUUGAACACGAAAGAAGAAUUGAGUUCCGACGCCACGGAAUUAGCAGCGGAGGUGCGAUCCUUGAGAGCAGUGAUCGAGCUGAAGCAGGCCGAGAUGGCCUCCCUGCGCGACGCGCGCUCGGAGCUGGCGGCGGAGCGCGAGCGGCGGGCGGGCGCCGAGCGGGACGCGUGCGCGGCGCGGCACGCGGCCGAGGAGCUGCGCGAGCGGGCCGCCGCGCGCCAGCGGGAGGCCGACCGCCUGCGCGACGACAACCGCCGCCUGCGGGAGGUGGCCGCGCGCGACCGCGACCACGCCACGAGGAUCGCAGCGCUCAACGAGGAGCUGCGAUAUAAACUUCGGCAGAAGUCUCAAGUGGUAUCCCUCUUGGCGGGCGGAGGAUACAUUGAACGAACCCCUAUGCGAACACGCACAUCCUCUGGUGAAUCUGUGCGGUCGUCGUCUCCCCCACCGGACUCGCCUCCAUCCCCUGCGUCGUCCCCCGCGCCGGACACGCCCCCGCUGCCGGCUGUCAAGGGAGUCGUGGAGAAACACGACUCGGUCAGCUGGGUACUCGAAAUCGAAGAAACGCCAGAAGAAAUGGCUUCGAGGCUGGCGCGGCGCUCGUCGUUCCGCGCGGCGGCAUCGCCGGGCGGCGUGAAGCGGCGCGGCGGGGGCUCCCCGGGCAGCUCCCCCGCGCCCGCCUCCCCCGCGCCCAACGCCUCCAAGCUCUUCCGACCGGGAGACCUCGACUUCCCACCGGCCCCGCCCCCCCUCAAGGAAUCCGCGGGGGAGGCCAUCUACAUUUACGACGACCGUCAGUAUUGAAGUGCUUAUUUAUAUGAAAGAAUACUAGUCUUGUGCUCGUGACGACGCGGACACGGAGGGAACGGAUUCGAUAUUCUUGCCGGACUUUCUAUGAAUGGACAGUGUCAAAUAGUCUUAGUGGAACUUCGGGACCGGACUGGAUCGUGCUAGGGCUUUAAGAUAGGAGUAAAGUACGAGGAACGCAAAUAUGAUUGUUCGAUUACAAAUGGAUGAGUGUUCGCUCUCGACCCCUAGUGUGUAAUGAUGAUCACGUACGUAUUUGAAUUCUCACUGUAUCGGAAGGUUAUCUAUUUAUGAAACGGAUUAUUUAUGAGCUUAUUAUUAUUUUAUGUAGUUUUAGUAUAUAUACACGUGUUUGCUCUUUCUCGAAGGAAUUAGCUUGUGGUGAUAUGAAUAUGUUUUUGUUCGCCAUUGAUAUUACAACGGAUUACGUAGAUAUGUAAUAGAUAUUUAAUAUUGGAUUUAGUCCUUACAUUAUUUGCGCUUUCGGUCACUUUGUACACAACGUAUUGUCACUAAAGUGAAUGGGAAUGUCAAAUAAAAUAGGGGGAUAAGUUUAGACUCAUUUUAACAUAUUAAGUCUGCUUCUUUUCGAAAUCUGGCCUCAAAAUAUAUUUUAUCGUAUCGGCUAUGUUUUGAAGUAAAACCUAUAAGUACCUGUGUGUUGCGCCAAUGAAUAUGUCAUACUUACUAUUUCUUAGACCUUAACUUAGAACUCAUUUCGUCGCUGAUGAUCAUCGUUAUAUUCUAUUAUUUUCUUCGAUGUCUUCGUUCACUUCGAGAUCUCCUUCAAUUUCUGUCGUCUACGUUUCGUCUUAUUCUCUAUAAUAUUUAUUGGUGCAAUUAUUUCGAAUAGCUUCAUUCAGAAUAACCGAGUCGUUAACAUUAUAUGUAACAGUUAGAUGAUUCGGUGAUUUGUCAGUUGUAGAGAUUCGUCGGCUGAUAUUGUAAGUUUUGUAAGUAAAUCAUUGUAUUGUUUUGUGUUUAUUAUUACAUUUAUAACUUAAUUAUUAUAAUAGUUUAUCAUGGUUGUUGGCAAUGUUUUUAUUUUUUAUGUACAAAUAACAAUGAAAAAUUAACCUAGUUUUAAGAUCAUCAAUGUCUGUUGACAUUACAAGCGGCGGUUAAGUUUUGCGCUACUUUUUUAUAUUGAUAGAUGCUUUUGAAGAGAUGUUGUCUUCAUUCAGAUUUAUAUAAUACGAUACAUUUAAUCUAUAAUAGAUUAUGUACUAAUUAAACUUAGAAAAGCGAUAUUCAAACCAAAGAGUCUCAUUCAUCUUAACUCUUUGUUAUGUUCCUUAUGAUUUUAGUGAGCCUGUAACUUUGCAUGCGUCAGAUAAUUCAGGCGACUUAUAUUUUAAUUAUUUUUUAAGCUAAACAAUAUGAAUAAUACCAUUCCAAAUUAAGAAUUGUAAGCGAAAAUAAAUACUACAUGAUUAGGAGAAUAUCUAUUAAUAAAAAAAAUAAACUAUCUGAAAAUA